AUGGCUCCAACAAGAAGUAACGCAUCAUCUUCCUCGGAGGUGAAACCACAAAAUUCAUCUGUGGAUGUCGUCGCUUCAUCACCUUCCACUCCGAUAGUACUGGAUUAUGCUGGUCUGAAAGAGAGAGGAAUUACUUCGGGCUAUACACGACGAUUUGCAUCAUUAAAAGAAUUUUGGGAUAUUGCAGAAGCAGAUUUCUAUAAAAAAGCAACAGAAUAUUGGAAAGAGAAAGUUACUAAUGACAUUGAUGGAAUGCUGGGAGGAUUUACUCAUGUCCAUGAGAGAGACGUGAAGGAAAGCUCUUCGUUUCUAAAGAAAGUGUUGCAAGAUGUUACACCAUCAAGAGAAGGGGAGAAACCAUUUUUAUAUUGUUUGGAAUGUGGAAGUGGAAAUGGUCGCGUCACAAAAAAUUUAUUGUCACAAUAUUUCGACUACAUCGAUUGUGAAGAUGUCAAUGAAGAGUUUUUGAUAAAAGCCAAAGAAGAGUGUGCAAAAGUUAAAGAAACAUUUGCUGUGGGUCUUCAAAAUUUGCAUACCGUUUUCAAGGACGCAAGGAAGCCAAAAUAUCAUUGUGUUUGGAUUCAAUGGUGCAGCUGUUUUCUCACAGAUCGAGAUUUUAUUAAACUUAUUGAGCUAUGUUAUGAUUUACUUUACGAUGGAGGAAUUUUGUGUUUUAAGGAAAAUAUUGCUACUGACUGUUUUGUGGUGGAUGAGGACGAUGGUUCUCUUACUAGGAGUAAUGAUCAUUAUUGCUACUUAUUCUCUAAAGUUGAGUCAAAAUUUACCUUAAUUGAAAAUGUCAAGCAAAAAAAUUGGGAAAAGGGCCUUUUUGCUCUUCGAAUGUAUUGCUUGAAGAAAAGUAAUCGAGAAGAACAUUCACACCAACAAUAA